AUGUGUAUGCGGCGAAAUAAUACCCGACAGCCGAAUCUCAGUGCGCUCCACCAAGCCGCGAUAGAUAUCUACAUUAGCAUCCACCACACGGAAAACCGCGUAGUUCAGCUCGAGCAGCAAAUCCGCGCAGCAACGGACAUCUUCGAGAGCUUACCCGUGGAGUCCGUAGAUUGCGAAGCCAAAGGAAUGGAGGUCAUCGCCCUAGCCGAUCAACUAGCGGACGAGUAUCACCGUUGGAACGAAAGGUAUGGCCCGAUAGUAUCCAGGGGAGAUCCGGCGUCAGUGUUAUGGGAAGCAGGCGUUCGGGGGUUCCGGGAUGAGGAGGAGAUGAGGGCUUGGAUCAGGCAGGUUUCGCAAACGUUUUCGAGGAAGGCACGGGAAUGGCGGGUGUUUGGUGACAAUGUUAGGAAGGAGCUUGAGGAUAUAAGGAGGUGGAAGGCUGGGCUGUGA